AUGAGUCACAGCGGCUUCUUUCUGAGGCUUUUCACCGACGCAGGUUUGGAGAUAAGCUGUCCGUCAGGAAAUUUGGUCUACAUCAAUCCCGUCUCCGCCGAUCUUCAGCAAUGUCAACAGCAACUUGGACAUUACGAUGAAUCAACAUGUCCUGUGGGCACAGUCUGCGAGCGAUUUCCUAUCCUUGUUCCAGAUUUUCAGGAUUAUUGUUGCUGGAAGAAGGAAGGACGAAUAAACGCAACCAACUCAAACAUGGGGAGCAAUAAAUCAUCUAGAAAAGUUGUGCCGGACAGAGGUAUUGUGAAGGGAAUCGUGGAGAAGCCGAUGAUUUCAGAAACCGAUGAUCUUGACGAAGGAUCAGAUCAUAGAAGUACGGAAACAUCCAGUUUAUCCAAAAUGUCCUCAUCUGAAGAGGAAGAGCUGGCAAUGAUAGUCGAUGCGAGACAAAUUAGGAGAAAACUUCGAGGGAGAAAAACUACAACGACAACGACGACGCAGGAGCCAGAAACUACGCCAGCAACAAGAAGACCAAUGUCAAGCCUCCCUCAAUGCAAUAAUCCGGAUGAGCAAGUUUUCAUUGAUGUCGGAAAUCGUUUGAGAGAUUGCUAUUUUCAGCGUUGCGAACAUGGUUACCACUGUGAGUUCAACAAAUACAUGAGACGAUUCAUAUGCUGCGGACAAGAGAGCAUAGUGGUUCCUCCUCCAGGGCUGCCCAUGAUACCAGCUCCCAAACCAUUAAAUCCACGACCCAGACGUCCAGCACCCCGACCUUUUGGAAUGCUUGGAGAUGAUAGCGACAGUUCAAAUAAUUUUCGCAACCGUCCGAGCUUGUGCUGUGAAUAUAGCGGGUGUCCAUGGAUCGACGACAAGGAAAAAUGGAACAGAUUCUGCGGCAACCGAAAAAGCGAAUGUGAAAAUGGCGACAGCAGAAGUAACAAGUGUCCAAACCAAAGAGGCUCAGUUGUUAGUCAAACUGUCAAUAUGCCGCAGAACUACAGAAUCAGCGAUUGUGGACAUCAGCAACAAAGCAAUAUACCAUGUUUAUCCCGUAGAUUUGAGGUAGCAGGACCUGUACAAUCCCUUUUGUGGGUUAAAAAAGAUGGAAGUCCAGGACUCGUUCAAGAACACAAUGUAGUUCUUCCUGGACGCAGCGGCACAGAUCCAGAAAUGAGUUUUACUUCAAAAGCCUUUGGAAAUUGCGAUAAAACCCUCUCAUUCUCCCAAAUGCUGGGAACACUUUGCAGAGGCUCAAAUGGGAAACAUACAAGCAGUGGGUUUGCUAAUCGGCAAAGUAUGCCUUUGGGAGAACGCCUAAUCAUACCACAAAUACAAAAUCAUGAGAUUCCAAGAGCGGGGAAAUUGGACGCUUCCCGCCAAAACACUGACCGUUACGGUAAAUUACAAUAA